AUGGACCCUCGCGUUUCCUCCUCGUUCAACAUCAACCCGCACAUCACCUACAACACCGUUGGCGGUGCCAAUGGCCCUUUGGUUAUUCUCGACAAUGUCAAAAACCCCCGCUACAACGAGAUUGUCAAUCUGACGCUGCCCGAUGGCUCCGUCCGCGCUGGCCAGGUCCUUGAGGCCAGAGGCAGCCGCGCUGUUGUCCAGGUGUUUGAGGGUACUACUGGUGUAGAUGUGAAGAAGACCAAGGUCGAGUUCACCGGCGAGAGCUUCAAGCUCGGCGUCUCCGAAGACAUGCUGGGCCGUAUCUUUGACGGUUCUGGCCGCGCCAUCGACAAGGGACCCAAGGUGCUAGCCGAAGAGUACCUUGACAUCAACGGUAGUCCCAUCAACCCCUACUCGCGCGUCUACCCCGAGGAGAUGAUCUCGACCGGUAUCUCGGCCAUCGACACCAUGAACUCGAUUGCCCGUGGCCAGAAGAUCCCCAUCUUCUCCGCCUCCGGUUUACCACACAACGAGAUUGCUGCCCAGAUUUGUCGCCAAGCCGGCCUGGUGCAGCGCGAAGGUGUCACCAACAAGGGUGUGCACGACGGACACGAGGAGAACUUCUCCAUUGUCUUCGCCGCCAUGGGUGUUAACUUGGAGACGGCUCGCUUCUUCACCCGCGAUUUUGAGGAGAACGGCAGUUUGGAGCGUGUCACGCUUUUCCUGAACCUUGCCAACGAUCCUACGAUCGAACGUAUCAUCACACCCCGCCUAGCCCUGACGACCGCCGAGUACUACGCCUACCAGCUCGAGAAACACGUCCUCGUUAUUCUGACCGAUCUGACGUCCUACUGCGAUGCCCUGCGUGAGGUGUCUGCCGCCCGCGAGGAGGUGCCCGGACGUCGUGGUUACCCCGGUUACAUGUACACGGAUUUGUCCACCAUUUACGAACGUGCCGGCCGUGUCGAGGGCCGCAACGGUUCCAUUACGCAGAUCCCCAUUCUGACCAUGCCCAACGACGAUAUUACUCACCCCAUCCCCGAUCUGACGGGAUACAUUACCGAGGGCCAGAUCUUUGUUGACCGCGCGCUGUACAACCGUGGCAUCUAUCCGCCCAUCAACGUGCUGCCGUCGCUUUCACGUCUGAUGAAGUCGGCCAUUGGCGAGGGCAUGACGCGCAAGGACCACGGUGACGUGUCGAACCAGCUGUACGCCAAGUACGCCAUUGGUCGUGACGCGGCGGCCAUGAAGGCUGUCGUCGGUGAAGAGGCGCUGUCGGCCGAGGAUAAGUUGUCGCUCGAGUUCCUGGACAAGUUUGAGCGCCAGUUCAUCAGCCAGGGCCAGUACGAGUCGCGCACAAUCUAUGAGUCGCUGGAUCUAGCGUGGAGCCUGCUGCGGAUCUACCGCAAGGACAUGCUGAACCGUAUCCCGGCCAAGGUUAUCAACGAGUACUACCAGAGAACGGCGGAGCGCAAGGGCAAGGCAAAGGCGGACAACAAGCCGGCGCCGGAGGAGGAGAACCUCAUUGACGCAUAA